AUGAAAUUUCCAGGGCACGAUGGGAAGAUCAUCUCCAUCAGUGCAAAUCAACAGGUAGCGCGACAAUGCUACGCAGAAAGCCUGGAAACCGUCUCACCGAGCGAACAACGCAAGAACGACCUUACCGCUCUAGCUCACACCGACCACGAAGAAAUCACCGAUCUCGACCCGAGAUCCGACGCUCAUGAUGAACGACCCAGCCCCGUCGAUGAGCUCGACGACCUUCAAAUCGGGAAACUCCCCGGACAGACCACAAAGAUCAGCCAGCAAUUAACCCCCGAACUACGACAGCAACUCCAAGCGGAGAUCCUCAAGAACGCCGACCUCUUCGCCUGGUCUAGCGCUGACAUGCCCGAUCAAUGCGAAGAAGCUUUCCAAAGCUUCAAAAACUUCCUCACAACUCCGCCAGUCUUACAGAGGCCGGAUCACAAUACCGACCUCCUUCUCUACCUGGCGGUGGCAGAAAACGCCAUCAGCGCCGUCAUUGUACAAGAACACCAAAAGACACAGACGCCUAUCUACUUCAUCAGCCGAGUCCUCCAAGACGCGGAAAGAAGGUACCAGAUGAUCGAGAAACUGGCGUUGGCACUGGUCACCGCAGCCCGGCGACUCCGACCCUACUUCCAGAGCCACCAGGUGGUAGUUAAAACUGACUACCCCAUCAAACAAAUCCUACGAAAACUUGAGCUCGCCGGACGUAUGAUUGCCUGGUCGAUAGAACUAUCCGAGUUCGGCAUCCAGUACGAAAGUUGUGGACCCCUGAAAACCCAGUGCUUAGCCGAUUUUGUAUCCGAGCUCACACCGGCUACUACUGAGGAAUCCCAGGCAUGGACCCUACAUGUUGACGGGUCCUCCAACUCCAAAGGUGGGGGUGCAGGCAUCAUUCUGGAAGGGCCAAACCAAGUCACCUUGGAGCAAUCCCUCAAGUUCGGCUUCAAAUUAACCAAUAACCAGGCAGAGUACGAGGCGCUCCUCGCCGGACUAAGGUUAGCCCACAAUCUCGGAGCUCGAAGGGUGAACUGCAACAGCGACUCGAAACUCAUGGUGGAACAACUUAGUGGGACAUACCAGGCAAAAGACACCCUUCUACAGCGGUACUUCGACACCGCAUCCCAACAGAUCUCGUCCUUCGACGAAUUCUCCAUAAAACAUGUACCACGAGAACAAAACGCCAGAGCAGACCUCCUAUCAAAACUCGCCAGCACCAAAAGGCCCGGUCAACACCGAACCAUCAUCCAGGAAACUCUGCACUCACCUAGCCUGGAUGGCAAAAUCGUCAACGUCAACGACAAUGAAGAACUGGGAUGGAUGACAGAUAUCUGGAACUACCUGAAAGAGGGCACCCUGCCCAAAGACAAAGACGAAGCACGAAAGGUGAGAAUGAGAUCAGCCAAAUUCAUCAUCAUCGAUGAUGAAUUAUUCAAACGUGGGAUUUCCACUCCGCUGCUCAAAUGCCUGACCACGUCUCAAGCAGCCUACGUCGUCAAGGAAAUCCACCAGGUGAUAUGCGGAAUGCACUCCGGAGCAUGCUCAAUGGCAGCCAGGGUACUCCGAGCUGGAUACUACUGGCCCACUCUAAAGUCGGACUGCCAAAGCUACAUCCAGAAAUGCAAGAAGUGCCAACAAUUUGGCAACGCGCACCGACAACCCCCCGAGGCCCUUCACCACAUGAUGUCAGCAUGGCCUUUCUCCCAAUGGGGAAUGGACAUCCUCGGGCCUUUCCCCCCCGCGAAGGGCCAAUUGAAAUUCCUCCUGGUAGCAAUCGACUAUUUCACCAAAUUCGGGAUUCCCCACGCCAUCGUCACCGACAAUGGGCGAUAG